AAAUUAUUUUGUUGAGUUUACUUCGGAGUUUACCUCAGAAACGUUGUUUUCAUCAACAAGCUCCAGAACUAAACAUUUCUACAAUAAUUAAAAUUAUUCAUUUAAUUAAUUAAUUAAUUUUAAUACAAGAAAAAUAAAAGUCGGUCACUAAUUGAAACAGAAUGGGUGAAAGAUACAACAUCCACAGUCAGUUGGAGCACUUGCAGUCAAAGUACAUCGGAACAGGACACGCUGAUACAACAAAAUUCGAGUGGCUGGUGAACCAACACCGGGAUUCAUGCAGCAGCUUCAUGGGCCACUACGACUUGCUGAGUUUUUUUGCAAUCGCUGAAAACGAAUCGAAAGCCCGCGUGAGGUUCAAUUUAAUGGAGAAAAUGUUGCAGCCUUGCGGUCCUCCUCCAGAGAAGCCCGAGGACUAGGAUCGCAUUCAUUCCCUACUUUAUUUAUAAUUAAUUAUUAACUAUGACAUUUAAUGGUAAUAAAAAAAAUAAUAAUUUCAAAA